AUGACCAUUAAAGAUGAAGGCAUCUUUCCAGAGAUCAGUACAGAGGAGCACCUCAGCUGUGUCCUAGAAGAUAACAUCAUUAGUCAAGAUUGUCAAGGAGAAAACCCUGUGGCGCAAAAACAUCCAGGACAUUACAGUGAAGAUAGUUCACCAGAUCUCUCCAAUCUCGAGGAACUUUUUCCAAAUCCAGCUCCAUCUACACUUGCAGGACUUCACAUUAUGGACAAAUCGCCUCAUCCUUCUAAUCUUGAGGAAACCCCUCUCGAUAACUCACAUGGUGUUAUCCCAGAAGUCCAACCACAUGUGCACAGUGAAGCCAGGUCACCAGGGGCCUCCAUACCUGAGGAACCUCCUUCAGAUAGCUCAGGAACCGCUUCUCCAGGACUUCCCGGCAUAGCUAGAUCACUUGGUCCCUCUGGCCCUGAAGAAGAACCUUACUGUAAGGCAGAGAAGGAUGAACCUGGUGACUGUCUUACGCGGACAUCAAAUCUUAUUGAAGAUCCAAACAAGUACACUAAUAGAAGUUCCUUUAUAUGUCCGGACUGUGGGAAAAGCUUUGAGGAGCAAAGAGAACUUGACCAACACCGGAGGACUCACACCGGGACGAAGCCUUAUUCAUGUUCUGAUUGCGGGAAACGGUUUCCAGCUAAAUCAAAACUAAUCCAACAUUUGAGAGUCCACACGGGUGAAAAGCCCUUUCCCUGUGGUGUGUGCGGGAAAUGUUUCACCACCAAGACCAACCUUGCCACACAUCAAUCCAUCCACACAGAAGAGAAACCAUUUGCGUGUUCUAAGUGUGAAAAAUGUUUCACAAGGAAAUCAUCUCUCCUGACACAUCUCCGGAUUCACAAUGGUGACAAAGAUUUCACGUGUGGAGAGUGCGGCAAGAGCUUUACGUUAAAAUGUUAUUUACGGAUUCAUGAAAAGAUUCACACAGGUGAGAAGCCGUUUGCGUGCACGGAGUGUGGAAAGUGCUUCCUCCAGCGGUCAGCCUUUGUCAAACAUCAGCGCCUUCACCGAGGUGACAAGCCGUUUUCCUGCCAGGAGUGCGGAAGGUGCUUUUUAGAGAAAGGACAACUUGCUAUACAUCAGCGCAUACACACGGGGGAACGGCCUUAUGCCUGUUCCGAAUGCUACAAAAGUUUCUUUAAAAAGUCUGAUCUUCAGAGGCACCAGAGAACGCACACGGGCGAAAAACCUUUCUCCUGCAGUCAGUGCGGGAAAAGCUUCACGCAGAAAGCUCAUCUCAUUGCCCAUCAGAGAGUUCACGCGAGCGAGAAGCCAUCUUCCUGUUCAGAGUGCGGCAGAUGUCCACGGAAGUCUCAUUCUGGCCAGCACCAGGAAGGUCACACUCAUUGACUCGAAUGAAGAACCAUCCCAAGUUUUGUAUGUAGCAUUUGUUUUAGGCAGAGACUAAUAAUGUGUAAUAAAGUUCA